AUGUCGGCUGGUGUAAAAGUAACAAAACGGGUGUUUUCGGGGAUCCAGCCCACUGGUGUGCCGCAACUGGGCAACUACUUAGGCACGAUUAAAAACUGGGUGUCUCUGCAGCAAGAGAAUAACACUGAGCUAUUCUACAGCAUCGUCGAUCUGCACGCGCUGACUGUCCCGCGAGACCCCAAGCAGCUCCGCCGAGAGACAACCGAAAUGGCCGCCGCCCUGAUAGCCUGCGGGAUCGACCCCAAGCGCAGCGUGCUGUUCAGACAAUCAGCGGUGGCCGCGCACUCGCAGCUGCACUGGGUCCUGGGAAGUAUUACGCCCGUCGGGUGGCUCAACCGCAUGACGCAAUGGAAGAGCAAGUUGCACCAGCAGAAUGCCGAGUCUGAGGAUGCUGGUUCGGAUGAAGAGUUGCAGCUGAAUGUGCACUCGAGCGCCGCCCAGGGCUUGCUCACUGGUUUGUUUACGUACCCGGUGCUCAUGGCGGCUGAUAUCUUGCUCUACAGGGCCACACAUGUGCCUGUGGGCGAGGAUCAGGUGCAGCACCUCGAGCUUGCGCGUGACCUGGCAGUUCACUUUAACAAAACGUUCAAGACAAAAAUGUUUCCACCGCCGACUGGCAUGCUCACAGCGACCAAGCGCGUCAUGUCAUUGAAGGACCCGCUGCGUAAAAUGUCCAAAUCCGAUCCCAAUGAACAAUCGCGCAUUACGCUUUCAGAUACUGACGACCAGAUUGUGAAAAAAAUCAAAAAGGCACCGACGGAUGCAAUUACCGGAAUCUCAUUUGACCCGAAGACUCGCCCUGGUGUGAGUAAUCUGCUGUCGAUUUAUGCCGCUAUGAAGGAUGUGGAUGCGCAGGUUGCGGCGGUCGAGAUGCGCGAGAUGAGCAAUGCGCAGGUGAAGGAGAUGGUUGCCCAGGCCGUGAUUGAAGGCGUGGCACCGAUUCGUCAGCGCAUGCGUGAACUGAUGGAUGAUCCUGCAUAUUUGGAUAGUACUGCAGAGAAUAGUUGGCAGGAGAUUGCACAGCGCGUUGGCCUGGUUUGUCGGUGAUAGAAUUAGACGUAUAUUCGUAAUAAUAUAUUUAAUGUCACAC